UAACCAACUUCCCCGCCGCCUGCGCGUCUCCCCAGCCUGCCCUCGGCCGCAGGCUACUGGACGGCGGUUACGGGGCGGUCCCAGAGCCACCACGAUUGGCUGUCGGCUCCGCCAGUCAUGGGCUGAUGACGCCCCGGGGCUGGCUCCGCCCCUCGCGGCGGCCCCGCCUCCCCUCCAGAGCCUGGUCCGCUUAGCCCUGCAUUUCGCCUCACUCGUUGAGCAGGUCCGUGAAUUGUCAGCGCGCUCCGGGCGACUGUGUAGUCGCGGCGGCCGCCAGGCUUGCCGCACUCCCCCUGAGGUACCCGCUGGAACCAAUGUGCCCUGGUCCACUGGGCCGUGAGCAGCCACAGAGUGGGGGCAACUUGGCACUUAGAACCCGCAGCUGGGACGUCGGUUUGCGAUCGGGACUUGGCGAGGACGGUGAGUGGCCGCGCGCCGGGCUAGCGGCUCCUCUCGGCGCGGUUCGGCGGCGGCGAGAGGGGACGGGACGCGUCCUGGCGCUCGGCGGUCCGUUCAUCCGAGCGUGACCGCUGUGGGGAGGUCAGGGCUGGGCGGGAUUUACUCCGUGCCAAUAUCCCCACUCCGGAACUUCUUGUCAAAGCAUCCCAACGCCGCCCGGGACGCGGCUCCAGUCCGCACCAACUUGGCGUAAUUGACAUGGGUAGGUGGGGCCGGGACGCGUCCCCUGCCCCUCUGCGGCAACGACAUGGAGCGCUGGGGCGGCCUCCGCGCCCGCGCCGUGCGGACCGCGGUUCCUGAGAAAUUACCCGCGCUGUGCCGCACGAUAAGACCCGGCGUCUGCGUCUGGAUCCCCAGGCUGAGCGAGCGCUCAUCGGGCUCAAGAUGGAAAUCCUGUACGAAUGUGGAAGCCAUUAGCAGAGUAAUUGCUGUCUGUUACCAUGACAACCAGCCGCUGCAGUCACCUGCCCGAAGUCCUGCCAGAGUGCACCAGCUCAGCUGCGCCUGUGGUGAAGACGGUGGAGGAUUGUGGCAGCCUGGUGAAUGGGCAGCCACAGUAUGUCAUGCAAGUUUCAGCCAAGGACGGGCAGCUGCUGUCAACAGUAGUGCGGACUCUUGCCACCCAGAGCCCCUUCAAUGACCGGCCGAUGUGCAGGAUCUGCCAUGAGGGCAGCAGCCAAGAGGACUUGCUCUCUCCAUGUGAAUGUACAGGGACCUUGGGAACAAUUCAUCGGAGCUGCCUGGAGCACUGGCUGUCAUCCUCAAACACCAGCUACUGUGAACUCUGCCACUUCAGGUUUGCAGUCGAGCGCAAACCCAGGCCGUUAGUGGAGUGGCUGAGAAACCCUGGCCCCCAGCAUGAGAAGCGGACUCUGUUUGGCGACAUGGUGUGCUUCUUGUUUAUAACUCCCCUGGCCACCAUCUCGGGCUGGCUGUGCCUGCGGGGCGCUGUGGACCACCUGCACUUUAGUAGUCGGCUGGAAGCCGUCGGACUGAUUGCACUCACUGUCGCACUCUUCACUAUUUACCUCUUUUGGACACUAGUGUCAUUUAGGUACCACUGUCGAUUGUACAACGAGUGGCGUCGGACCAAUCAGAGGGUGAUUCUCCUCAUUCCAAAGUCUGUCAAUGUACCUUCUAACCAGCAGUCCUUGCUGGGCCUCCAUUCAGUCAAGAGGAACUCAAAGGAGACAGUUGUUUGAUGUUUGUUUGGUUGGUUGGUUGAUUCAUUGUUUGGGGUUUGGAAGUGUCUGCACUGGGGUCAUGCACUCAGCCACCCCCAAGCCCUUCCUUAAGCCUGUGGGUCUAAGAACAUCCAGAGCACGUUAGCACAUCACCCCAAGCAACGACCUCCGCCAGAAGAAAGCAAAUGCUGUUUUACUUCAAAUCAUGGAUGCUGCAAUCAUAUGAUAUUUGCUAAGCUGCCAAACAUGUUUAUUUAGCAGAUACUGUAUGGAAUUUUCUGAACACCUCUUUAACGUAUGAGGAAGAUUGUCCUGCUAUGGAUGCAAUUCAAUUCUUCCUUUUUUAUUACUAUUUCAAACACACACAUAUAUAUAUAUAUAUAUUAAACUUAGAUGAUAAUCAAAAUCAAAAAGCCAACAUAAAAACUGGUUUCUUGGUUUGGUUGGGUCUUAUUUGAGUUGAUUUGUUUCUCAGUUUCUCAUAUGGAUUCUUUGGGGUACUUUGGUAGCCUGAGUGGUCUUUUUCAUCUCUUUCGCGUCCAAUUCUCAAGGAGACAGCAUAACAGAUGCAGAACAAGUCAUAUUUGAAGAAUGUUUUGUACUAAACUUCAUUUAAUUAUCCAGUUUUUAAAGGGAAAAAGGGCGUGGCAACUCUCCACACAGUGAGCUGUUUAUUUAAAUAUCAUUAAGGAGAAAAAAAAAUACGGUGAGAAGCUCGCUCCUUUCAACUUGUUUGGUACUGACAGCUGAUAGAAGCUAUUUUCUAAUAAUAAACAUCCAGUGUGUGAAAGACAAAA